AUGGGUCAGUGCCAGAGUGAAGAUGAAGAGGUGGAACUGUCCCAAAUUCAAGCCCUCUAUACAGCCUUCAUGCAGGAAUGUCCAAGUGGAGCUUUACACCUGCAUGAGUUCAGAAAGAUCUUUGGAAUAUCGAGCUCCUCAGAAACGGAGUGUCUUUACAUGGAGAGAAUAUUCAAGUCAUUUGAUAAGAACCGGGAUAAUGUGAUAGACUUCAUGGAGUUUGUAGCAGCAGUGAACCUUGUCCUCAGAGGAAAACUCGAGGACCGACUGAAGUGGUCUUUCAAAGUCUAUGACAGAGACGAAAAUGGCAAACUUGACAGAAGUGAGGUGAAACACAUAAUAAAGAUAAUUUACAAACUCAGGGAAAGCAACACAGACAUGACACCUAAUGAAGUCUGUGACAGAAUCUUUGAACUUGUGGAUUCAAAUAAAGAUGGCCAAAUCACCCUUGCAGAAUUUAUGGAAGGGGCCCAGAAAGAUGACUGGAUUAUGGAGCAGCUCAAACUGGACGUUAAUGCUAGUGGAUGGUUCAAAGAAAACUGGCAAAAGAAAUUAUAA